AAAUUCCCAAAUUCCCACUUCUCACAACCCUCGCUAUAUCAGAAACGAGGGUUCGAUUCCCAGCAGAGAAAAUCCCAAACUCCCUACGCCGUUUUCUCUUUCUCGCGCGCUUUUUUCACCGAUUCUAUCCAAUUAACGUACAAAAAAAAUAAAAUUCCAAAUCCAUGGGAAUCGAGCCUUCUCCGGCCGCCGAGAAAGUUUCCGGCGAGUCUCCGUCGGGAAUUUCCGUCUCAUUGUUCGAUUAUUCAGUAGAGAAUCACUUCAAAGCAGCGGAUACAAUUUCUAAGCUCACCGGCGUACCUGAAAUUGAUGAUUCCGAUCAAGCUGAGAUUAAUCGCUUAGCUUCCUCCAUUACAUUCUUAAAAGAAUGGAAAGAUCUCAAGUACGAAGUAAGAGAAGCUAAAUUUGCUUGCGAGAAUGAGAGUUCUAUAGGAACUGAUGUGAUUGGCAAAAUAAGUUUGCCUCAAUUUUCUUCAGCGGAAGUUCCAAAGAAGCAGUUGGUCAAUGAGCAGCCAGUUCCUCGAGAAUCGAGCAAAGACUUUGUAAUGUAUGUUGGAGGUCUAGUGUGGGGAAUGGACUGGUGUCCCCAAGCUUAUGAAAAUAGGGAUGCUCCUUUCAAAAGUGAGUUUGUCGCAAUUGCUGCUUAUCCUCCUGAUUCAUCAUAUAGCAAGAUUGGUGCCCCACUGACAGGCAGAGGUGUAAUUCAGAUAUGGUGUCUGUUAGAUCUCAUUCAAAAAGAUUUAAUUUUGAAAGAAGAUUUGUUAGCUCAGGUUAACAAAAAGACAAAUCGAAAUUGGACAAAAAGUGAAGCAGAUAAGGGAGAAACAUCUGGACCCCAACAACCAAGAGGAAGACCGAGAAAGAACCCUGGUGAAGCAGUUAAGGGAGAAACAUCUGGACCUCGAAAACCAAGAGGAAGACCGAGAAAGAAAACUGUAACUGAAUAUCUAGAUGACAGAGAUUGUGAUGACCACAAUUUACAACCUCUUGCUAUAGAGUACCCGCAGCAAUCAACAGAACUUUCUGUAGAUUUGUCUUGUGAAAAUACGAAUAAAGCCCAAGAAGAUUUUGGGCAAAAUCAAGAAAGAUCCAUUGUUGUGGUAUCUCUAGAUUCUCAGCUUACUGCUUCAAAUAGGAGAGGCAUGAGAAACAAGGCAAGAUCAAAAGGUCAAACCGAGAAUUCUGAUGUGAUUCCGCUAACACAAUAUGUUGCUGAAGAGUCUCCAGUUGUGAGUUCCCAGACAUAUGCUAGCAGUAGUCUUGUUUCAGCAGGGCCUAAUAAGAGUGGUGCCACCGCAAAGAGAAGAAAGAAAGAAAAAGAAAAAACGGAAAACCAAACCCAUGAUUCUUCCCCGGCUUUACUAAUGCAAAAUGUGGAUAAAGAAUCUCUUAACAUGUCCCAAACACCUGAUAGCCAUGGCAUUGUUUCAUCACAGUUUGAUGAGAAUCGUUCUCAUGUAAUUCAACAAAUACCAACGGAUGUUUCGCUACCUAGAAUGGUAUUAUGUUUAGCUCACAAUGGAAAAGUAGCAAGGGAUGUUAAAUGGAGGCCUUUAGAUCACUGUGAUGUCUCCAGACAUAGAAUGGGUUAUCUUGCUGUGAUACUGGGAAAUGGAGCUUUAGAAGUGUGGGAUGUUCCUUUUCCUCAUAUAAUUAAAGCUUUUUAUCCUUCUGUUCAAAAGAAAGGUACUGACCCUCGUUUCCUGAAAUUGCAACCUGUAUUCAGAUGUUCAAUGCUGAAGUGCGGGGAUCGGCAGAGCAUUCCCUUAACAGUGGAGUGGUCUGCUUCACCUCCGCAUGAUAUGAUUCUCGCUGGAUAUCAUGAUGGAGUGGUUGCCUUGUGGAAGUUUUCAGCCAAUAAUUCAUCUAAAGACACAAGGCCUUUGCUUUGCUUCAGUGCAGAUACAGUUCCUAUUCGGGCUCUUUCCUGGGCACCAUUUCAAAGUGAUUCUGGGAGUGCAACUAUUAUCAUCGCAGCUGGUCACAAGGGGCUGAAAUUUUGGGACUUACAGGAUCCCUUCCGUCCUUUGCGGGAGUAUAACGUAGGCCAGGGAGUUAAUAUAUGCAGUGUGGAUUGGUUACCCGAGCCAAGAUGUAUUAUAAUAUCAUGUGAUGAUGGGACACUAAAGAUCCUUAGCUUGCCGAAGGCUGCAUAUGAUGUACCUGUCACAGGAAACUUUUUAGUUGGGACUAAACAGCAGGGAUUCCAUAGUUUCUCUCGGUCUCUACUUGCGAUAUGGAGUGUCCAAGCUUCCCGAGUAACAGGCAUGGUUGCGUAUUGUGGGGCAGAUGGUACAGCUGUUCGCUUUCAGCUGACUAGCAGAAUGGAGAAUGAUGCUGUGAGGAAUCGCACCCCACAUUUUCUCUGUGGAUCAUUUUCCAAGGAUGAAUCAGGUAUCAGCGUCGUUACUCCAGUGCCAAAUUCUCCCUUUCGAACGUUCUACUCAGGGAAACAGUGGCGUGAUGCCAUCUCAAGAUUUCCACAUGGUGUCAAUUCAGUCCCAAAUCAGGAGAAACGAGCGAUAGAGCAAUCAGAUGAACAGCCCCUGGCUUUAUGUUAUGGCAAUGAUCCAAACGUUGAAGGAGGAUCAGAUGACGAGUUAGUGGCUCAGAAGAGUAAACAGGCAUCCAAAACAAAAACAAAAACUACGAGCAAGAAACCGAAAGCUGAUGAAUGUGCUCUUAUAUGCAAUGAAGAAGAAGCAACAAGAUUGAGAGAGAAACUUGAAGAAUUGCCGCCCAAAGAUGUGUCGAUCAAUCGGGUAAGAUGGAAUAUGAACAGAGGUAGUGAGAGAUGGCUAUGCUAUGGAGGAACUGCCGGGCUGGUACGCUGUCAACAGAUUGAUUUAUCGUAACUUCACGGGGAGGGUGUAGACUGUAGAUUGUAAGCUUGUUAUCUAUACACUAUUUGUCAUGUUAUCUAUACACUAUUUGUGGUUAUCCCCUUUUAGUGCAUGUAUGUAUAUUAGCAAUUUCAAGAGAAGUUG